UCAGAUAAGUUAUCUGUAGUUCUUACUGCAUUUUUGGAACAGUUUUAUUUCGUUGUCGUUGUCGGUAGGUUAUUUUUAAUAAAGUAUCGGGUUUAUUCCUCUCAACAGCCGUCCCGGUCGGUCUCUCAGCUGACUCUAACGUUUCCGUUAGUUGACAGGAAGGAUUGCUAAGUAGCACUGAAGUUAGCAGUGUCGGUGUAACGGACUAGCCAGUUAGCUAACGCCAGCUGUCUCAACACACAGGCCGGGGGACGAUAACAAUAACUGUCGUUUUAUUUUAUUUUUUAAUCCAACGUUAUAUAUAUGUAGUGAGUUAUCGUGCAGGCUUUUGUUUAGCUCGCUGACAGACUCGUCACGAUAACCGUUAGCUACAUUUUCGUUUUGCUAGCUGAGCUAACCGUUAAGUUUAUCGUCCAGAGAGGAAAAAAAAUACGCUUCGUGGCUUCGUGGUGGACAAAACUCAAACGCUCAGCUAUCGCUUCUCAAAGUUCAUGUUUCCUGUGAAUAAAGAAGUAGCUGUUGGAUAAUCCAGCUGCUAUGGUGUCUGCGAAACCGCUGCACCUGCCGAGUUGAACGACUGACAGUGAGACACCUGGUCCAGCAUGAAGGCCCUCGGUUCCAGAUUCUCCUUCUAUGCGGGUUUCGUGGUGGGAACCUUCAUACUGUACGUGUUCCUGCGGCAGGUGUGGUUUGAGAGGACCGUGUCAGCUCAGCAGGCCGGCAGCUUUGAUAAACUUCACGACUACCAGCAACAGAUUGAGGAAGAGAGGAAAAUAUGGAAGAAGGAGAGGUCUGCUCUUUUCAACCUGAAGCACCCUCACCAUACAGGUGAGGAUAGCGCCAUGGCUGAUGAACUGUACAAAAAGGUGCGUAUUCUUUGCUGGGUGAUGACUGGACCCAACAACCUGGAGAAGAAGGCUCGGCAUGUGAAGUCCACGUGGAGUCGCCACUGUAAUAUUGUGGUCUUCAUGAGCUCUGUGGAGGACCCCGACUUCCCCACAGUGGGCUUAGGUACAAAGGAGGGUCGGGACCAGCUGUACUGGAAAACAAUCCGGGCCUUCCAUUAUGCCUACGAGCAUCACAUCAAUGAGGCAGAUUGGUUCCUCAAAGCAGAUGAUGACACCUACGUAAUAGUAGACAACCUGCGUUGGAUUCUUUCGAACCACACACCCGACGAGCCGAUUUACUUCGGCCGAAGAUUCAAGCCCUACACCAAGCAGGGGUACAUGAGUGGCGGUGCAGGCUAUGUGUUGAGUAAAGAGGCUCUGCGGCGAUUUGUAGAGGGAUUUAAAAGUCAACUGUGUACUCACACUACCUCUGUGGAGGACCUGGCAAUGGGGCAGUGCAUGGAGAAAGUUGGGGUGCUGGCAGGGGACUCCAGAGACACUGCGCACAGGGAGACAUUUCACCCAUUUGUCCCCGAGCAACAUCUCACUGCCAAGUUUCCCAAGAGCUUCUGGUACUGGAGCUACUGCUACUACCCCAUCUCAGAGGGUCCAAACUGCUGCUCAGACUUGUCGGUGUCAUUCCACUACGUGGAUGCUUCACACAUGUAUUUACUGGAGUACUACACGUAUCACCUGCGUGCCUUUGGCUACAAAUACCGUUACCAGCCCCCCACCCCGCUAGGCUACAACAUUGAGCAGUCAAGUUCCCGGGAUGCUGCAGAAGGAAAAAAGGGGGUGAUAUCUCAGGAGAAAGUGCGAGGAGAAGGGGAUGAUCCAUCCAGAACUGACAAGAAACAGGAUGCAGACCCCCCUCCUGUAAAGAGAGAACCUGCUGCUGCUCCAGCAGGAAAAUAACAGUAGCACUGUGCGGGUGUGUUACGUGAAGGAAACUGAUCAUUAGUUAGGGGAAUGUGUGUUUGGUGUAUUUGCUCAUUCAUUCUGAAAAUCUUUGCUCAUAUUUCUACAAAAGUAGAAAUCGAGUCCAGUUUGAUUUGGAGUGUCCCCACAAAUAAGUGCACAGCUGAAGGACUCCUCUUAAUGUGAAGUGUGACUGCAGGACGGGUCUUAAUGCUGAGAUGUAAUUAAUGACUUCUUCCCCUGUUUUUUCAGAUGUUUUUUUUUUUUUUUAACAACUGAACAUCUUCUUCAGAAGUUCAGUAGCUUUUUGUGAGCUUCAUCUAUGUGUUGAUUUAACUUAAGCACCUUUUCGAUUGAUAUGAAACGUAUGGGAACCAAGUAUUUUCUAGCGCCAGUUAAAUUAAUGUUUUAGAUAUUUUAUCCUUCUCUUGAGGAUCGUAAACCCACCAAAACAACUUCAUCUGCCACUCUUUAAAGGGCAGUAGUUGUUGGAUUACUGGAGUUGUUUGACUUCAUUUCACACAGAUAACUAUGCCUUGGAAACCAAUGAGACCCAAUUAUAUGUCUUUACUUGGUCAGACAGCUGUCUAAAAAAUUUUUAAAAAGUGCCUCACCAUAAACAUUCAGUCAAACACUCCCUUUGUCUAUAGGUGACAUAGGUAUUUUCUUUUGAGCAUUUUGCUGCAAACCAGUUAGCGUGUCUCCUAAAUUUGUUUUUGGCUGCAUGCAAAAGCAUUUCUGCAAUAAGGCACGCAUAAUCCUAAAUACGUUUUAUUUGAAAUAUGCUGCAGUUACUUAAGGAAGAUUGAUUUCAUAUAUUCUUUUUUUGGGGGGAGGGUCUGAAAAAGUAAUCUUUUUAAGUUUUAUUUAGAGUUUUAUUUCCUCAACUAUGGCUUCAACCAGCCAAAUGUUAUAUCUGUUAGCAAUUUAUCUGCAGAUUAAUGUCGUGAUUUAUUGUUUGGUCCAUGAAAUGUCAAGGAAUGGUGAAAAAUAAUUAAUCUCAGUGUUUCCCACUGAAUUAGUGUCUAUCUGCGGCAGAUCAGCAAAUUUUCUGUGUUUUUUUUUUUUGUUUGUUUGUGUAUCCCUGUCCCCUUUCUGGAUUCGGAGGUUUUAAUAGGUGCAUAAAUGCAUUGCAGUGGGAGCUCCUGAUGAGUUUUUUUUUCUCAGCAGCAGCUGUUUGUUUAGUUUGAAUCAUGGGCUGGAUAACUGUGGAGAGCAGCUUGUGGUCAGAUUGGUCAGAGUUUAUCAGAUCAGACUGAUGGAUUAGAUGAGCUGCUGCUGCUGCAGAGGCAAGUGAAAGCAAACUUUAAGACCCAGCACUUGACCCCUGAGUGAACAGUUUCCAUGUGAAUGCAUUUUCAUCCAGAGCAGCUCGGAAAUACGAUAUACCGCACUCAAAUGAGAGCACUGUUGUUCUGAUAAAUAAGAGCUCUAUGCCAUGUUAAGUCUGUGCCCAGAGCGUGCUCUGCUCUCUUAGAGUGUGGUGCUCCUAAUAAGUUAACAUUACAUUGAUCCACAAAUAGAAAAUCAAUAUGUGGGGGAAAAUUCUGAUAUUAUAUCAGGCAGCCACAAAUAUAUGAAUGUGUGGAAAGCCUUGAAUUUAUUAUUUCUUUUGAUAAAGAGAAGCAGCAGCCUACACAAUGUGUGGCAUUUUUAGGUUAUAAAAGACGUAAACGAUUAAUGGAUUAUCAGAGAAGUUGCCGAUCAGUGUUCUGUUGAUUAACGGAUUAUUUAAUCUACCUAAACAUCAUUGUGAAACUGAAGUGAAUUUCAGUCAUGAUCUUGCAGCCUCAAUCAAGUGUUAGGCAAAUACAUCAUACAUCAACCCAACCCCAAAACGACUUUUAACCCCCCAGAUAUAGAGUUACUUGGAUUAGAAAAGCAUUGUUUGGAUGCCUUCAUAUUUCUCUAUGGCUUACAGACGGACACUGAUUUGACCAUAAUGCUUUAAAUGAAAAGUCCAAAUGACUAAAUUUAUACAGUCCAGCCAAAGAUUACCAGGAGAGGCUUAAGUCAGAAUAGUCGAUAUUUGUGUGGCGAUAAAAGGGUUAAUCCGAGUGCUUCUAAUUCUUUUAUAGGUUUAUAUUCAGUUAACCACAAAACUUUACGGAGGUUUGCCUGUUCCCCAGCCUUGUGUUAAUGUGAUCUUGAUUAAGUGGUCAGACACACCUUCAGCCUGAGGAGGAAGGAGUUAGUCAAAUAUCUUUCUUUCUUUCUUUGUACUGAAACACUAUCUUCUUCAAACCGUCUGUGACGCAGGCUUAUUAUCCAUACUUCCCAAAUACGGCACUGGAUACACCCACCUCACUGUUCCCCUCAUCUCUCCCUAGUGGACUCAUCAGCUUGUGCCUUGUAAUUAGAGAUUGUAUGAGCCGUCAGCUGCACACAUGACUUUGCACUGUGACAUUACCAUGAUGAGAGUGAUGCUUUCAGAUGGAGAGUAAUGGUAUUGAAUCCUUCCAAUGUAAUGAGUAUGGCCUGCGGGCCAGCCAGCAGAUGACUUGUUCACAACAGUGUUUUUUUUUUGUUUUUUUUGGAUAUGGAAGAAUUGUUCUUUUAUAUAAUUUUAGUUUCUAUGAUGUUCUAUAAUUUUUAAAUUUCAGGUGGAUCAGACCUUUUGAUUUAGUACAUUGUGUAUAUUUAAAAGUAUUCAUAACAGUUUCUUUACUAUGUUGUAACUAAACAAAGAGUUAAUUUUAAUGGGAGAUAAUUACCAAAUAUUCAAACUGGCUUCAGGAAUCAGGCACGAUUCAGUGAUGAAUCAAACAGAACAAAUUUGUCAUUUAUGUGAAAAUUGAAUGCACUUGAGUGUUACAAUUGCUGUUUUUCUUUUUAACCACUUAAACCUCUAAUUCUCUUUCAAGGUUAAAAAUGAAUGAGGAAACUAAUGCCUGUCAAAAUGCCUUUUGUAUGUGUUUACACUCUGUUUCCUUCUGUACAUGAGCAUAAAGCAUGUUCUGUUUUUUCUGUUAAAAUGAAAAGGUCCAGUUUAAAACCAAAUCAGCAUGUUUGAUAUAACGGUUUCUUUUUAAUUAAUUUGAAUUUGUUUUCAAGUGAAUUAACAGUCUGUAAAACUUUUAAGUAGCAAAGGACUUCAGUGCAGAUUCUUCCUGUCAGUCCUGCGGGCCUCAAACACUUUGUUGAUAUCCACCACAUCUGAUCUCUGAUGCCAGUGAUUCAACACGUUCAGUCUUCGACAAUCUACUCCAACAUUUGAAUUUUAUCUAUGGGAAAGGUGUACAGUACUGUAUUUAUAUUUGAAAUAUAUUUAUGUCGGUAUUGACGUCUAAAUUGAGUCGAUACUCUUCAGUGUGUAAAUGAGUUUUGUGUGAGUGUGUGAGCACACGUGAUCAGUGUGCAGGAUCGUUUUCAGUGAAUGGUACUUUAAUCACUAUAAAUAAAUGCAUAUUUUAUUGUA